AGCUGAGUUGUUGAUAUAGUGUCCAGUUUGGGUCGUGCUGAGCACUGUAAUAGUUUGCAGACUCAACGCAGCCGAAAGACAAAGAAAGGAUCGCGCUGCAGAGCAGAGCUCAGGAGCAGCAGCGAUGGGACAUGAAGAAGGAAUCCUCUGGUGUUAGAUCCAGCCAUCCACAAUGAACAAUCAAAAAGAUCUGGACCAGUUAUUCUCAGAGCUGCAGUCGUUCCUGAAGGUGCUGGACACAGAGUGUCUCAGCUGUGUGGCCGAGUCGAAGAAGGAGUCGGUGGCGGAGUUGCUCCAAGAGCUGAACGCGAGUCCGUGUGCAGAGCAAACCGGAUCCAUGGCAGCCGAGGAUGCAGAUUACAUGUUCAUGAGUUGUGUUACCCUGGCAGAGAAUCGCUUGGAUAUGCAGCUCCCCACAAGUGCGAGCAAGCUGCGGAACGUUCUGGAGAUCAUCGAAGACACAGAAGAUGUUUCGCCCUGCCCCCAAUUAUUGGAUGAUUUCCAAACCAAAGUGAUGCAGAGUACUCCUCCACCGGCCCCUCACCAAACCAAUGAGGUCCACCCCGAUGACUCCUACGAGGAUGCAGAACCACUCAACCCUCUCACGCAGUGCACUGCAGAGUGCGCGGACUCAGACAGCAGUCACUAUGAAUCUUACGGAGAGGAUGACGUUUCCGGGAACAACCGCACAGGCUCUCUUCGAAUGCUGCCCACAGACUCGCCCACACGACCUCCGCCCCACCCACGGAUCUGUGGCUUUCUCUGGCGGAAGAAGUGGCUGGGACAGUGGACCAAGCAGUUAUUUCUCAUCAGAGACCAAGCUCUGCUGUGUUAUAAGUGCAUGAAGGACCAGUAUCCCUUGAUGGAGCUCUGCCUGCAGGGAUCCCGGGUCGCGUACAAGUUUAAACGCAGUAAGAAGAUACAGCACGAGCUUAAGAUUACCACAGCGAGUCAUGAGACUCUGGUGCUUGGCUUGCAGAGUCGUGAGCAGACUGAGGACUGGCGGAAGGUCGUUGAAGAGGUGAGCAGUAUGCCUUCCCGAACAUCAUCAUGCAAUUCACCACAGACGCCAGGGACGGACAGUCAAUGUGUCGCAAGCAAAUCAGCACUGAGGGGCAGUCGAGGUAGCGAACUGGAGAGACCCCCAGGUGAAGUGCUCACUGACAACCCAACCACUCGAGACACAGGUUACCUGAAGGUGCUCGUGAACAGCCACUGGCAGACUCUGUGGUGUCACAUCGAGGACCGAGUGCUGCUGAUGUAUAAAGGUGUCGGCGGAGCCGGGAGGCUGCACUACUCCGUGGACCUGCAAGGUUGUGAGGUCAGGAUGCAGGCUGACAGCACCCACAAGUACAGGCUGGCUGUCUCACAGCAGCACAAGGAUCUGGCUGUGCUGCAGACUAGCUCGCCAGAGGACAGGGAUCGAUGGCUCAGCCUCCUGCAGGCAGGGUGUGGCAUGAACACAGAAUCCGCUCACCUGUACGAAGACACUGUCCUGCCGAGUGGAACUGAUGUAGCUCCAAGGGAUGGAAACCAAGUCAGUGGUUUGCUUCAGCGACGAAUCACCACCCCCAACACGUACAUGGACGACCCAUUCGGCCAAGUGUCCGGUCAGAACGCUGUGGAAGACAGGGACUCGGGAGCCACUCAACAGACGAGGGUCAACUGGCCAAGCCAUGAAGUGGUGAACAGAGAAGGCGCAACAUUUCAAGACAGGGAACAUUGCAGCAGUACAAACAUCAAUAAUUCGGCAAGAUACAGCACCCUGCCAAGUGUGUUUCGCGAAACCAGCUUUUUAAAAUCCUGGAGCGACUUUGAAAUCAAAACAUGCGGGGCUGAAAAGGAGCCUUUCCGAAAUCAAGCGACGCAGACAGACAAGAAGGAUUUCAAAGAGGCAAUGGAUACCCUGUCUGAGAAAAAGGCGCUGCCAAGGUUGGAAGAGAAGAUCCGUCGUCUCGAGCAGGCGAUGUACAGAGCGAAAGAGAGGGUGAAGUCGGGAUCUGAACUUAACCUGCUGUCCCUGAGCAAGACGUUGAAACGGGCGUCCUGUGGCCAGUCUCUGGCUCUGUUUUCCUCAAACUCAGAAGCAGCGAGUCCUGAGGGCCCGAUUAUCAGCCCAAUCUUAAGACGCACAGCGUCAGCCAAAAGCACUCUGAGAAGGACACCGUCCAUCACGGUGGUCGAAAAGGGCAGAGUCCUUCAGAAAACAAAGGAAUGGGAGAUGAAGUCUUCAGUCUAAGCAAACGUGUGCAAAAAUGCAAUUAUUUUGCAAAGAACUGUCAUGUGAAUAUGCCCAGUUUGCGGAAUCUCAGCAAUGUAAAUAUUGGCGUCAGCAUGUGGAUCAUGCGAAGGAAAACACAAUACUGGAUUCACUUGUCAUCUCUGACACUUAAAGAAACGUAACACCACGAAGAGGUCUGGUUUUCAUGACAGUCUGUGAGCUGUAUCAAGGGUGACUCUGUAAUAAGAUGAAAAAGAAUUGGACUAUGACCUGACUGGACAGUUGGAUUCCAAAAGCCUACAAUAGCAUCACUCUGUUUACUUUUAAUGCAAGCUAAUGUUGUAAACGCAAAAUGACGACAUGUUUAUUUUGGAAAUGCGGACUUUCUAAACCAAAUGUGUGUUCCCCCCCCCUCCCAAGUUUCCAAAUUAUAUUUUGGCCCCACCUCCAUCCCCCGCCAUCUGCCAACCCAGGCCACAGCAGCAACAGGACCACAGAUGUCACCAACCCUCUGGUCAACUUAACCUAACAGGAAGUGACCAAUUGAUCCUUUAUUCAAAGCACAGCGUAAAAACUUUGAAAGGUCCUGAUGCAAAGUGGUGAUGCUGACCGCAGUGAGCAUAAACAUGCUCUCCAGGCCCGAUCGCCCUUUCAAAGGGCUUCCUCGCUAUGUCCUAGCCUGUCUGGAGUUAACAGAAACAAGGCUGAGAUGCCCCAUGAAGGGUAAGUUGGCGAUGGCAAACACUUCCUAGGAUUCUAUGUGGUAACUCACUUAACAAACAGGCAGAGUGCAGAAGUAGAGGGCAGAGGUUAAUGGUGAGAGGGGAAAGAAUUAGAAAGAAUUAAGAGGCAACUGUUUCAUACAGAGGGUGGUGCGUGAAUGGAAUGAGCUGCCAGAGGAAGUGGUGGAGGCUGGUACAAUUUAAAAGGCAUCUGGAUGGGUAUAUGAAUAGGAAGGGUUUAAGUGGAAUAUUGCUGGUAAGUGGGACGAGAUUAAGUUAGGAUACCUGGUUGGUACAGGCAAGUUGGACCGAAAGGUCUGUUUCCGUGCUGGAGAUCUCUAUGGCUCUCGGGUGUUGAGGAAGCUCAUUCUAGCCACAUCAGCAGUAGAGAUGUUCACUGUCAGCCUUGUGGACUGGGCACUUGGGGUGGCAGAUUCAAGCCAGAUUUAUCACUGCUGAAUGCCAAUGUGUGACCAAAACAGAAGAUAGAUGCAGCCCUCAGGGUUGGUGAUACUGCAGUCUGAAUAACUGAUUGUUCCUGCCUGCUUUCACGACCACAUGGAUCAAGGAGACUGGAAAGACAGCUUAGCCCGUUUCAUUGUCCAAGGGACAUUGCAGAAGGAGGAAAGAAACAGGUUUCACCAAUAAUUAAAACAUGUAUUUCACAUAUUGGAGCAAAAGAACAAUUUGAAUGUCACGGAACAAUACCAACACACUCAUAAAAUUAUCAGAAUUGUA